CGUGUAUAAGUAAAAAAAGGGGGUGAAACAGAAUCAGAAUUUCCCGAUAGAAAUAGAUCAGACUUUUUGGUUCGUAAAGAAGUGCUUAUUCCAAACGCGAUCUGUGGUGGUGGUGGUACGUAAGGAUCACGCAGCAAAACCAAAACCCCCCAUUCACAGACCAGCUAGGGUUUCUCUCUUCUGCUAACUUAACCAAAUGGCUGAUCCUGAGCUGGAAGCAAUCAGACAGAGACGGAUGCAGGAGCUUAUGGCUCGGCAUGGCACAGGAAAUCAACCGAACCCUGAACAGCAGAAUGCUCAGGAGGAUGCAAAAAGGGAGGCAGAUGAAAGAAGACAAAUGAUGCUUAGUCAGCUGUUGUCUGCUGAAGCACGAGAAAGACUUGCUCGAAUUGCUUUGGUGAAACCAGAGAAAGCAAAAGGUGUCGAAGAUGUUAUAUUGAGAGCUGCUCAAAUGGGUCAGAUAACUGAAAAGGUUUCUGAAGAAAGACUCAUAUCACUGCUGGAGCAGAUAAACAGCCAAACAGCAAGGCAGACAAAAGUCACAAUACAGAGGCGUCGAAGUGUUCUUGAGGAUGAUGAUUAGCUCUCACCGUCUCUUAAUUGGUUUCUUGAUUACGGACGUCAUGCUUUAUUAUGGUGUAUUUUAUGGACAAUGUAAUUUAUAAGUGGGUUGUGAAAUAUGUUUCAUUUUGGGCGUCUUGCCUGGCCUACACAUUAAAUUACAUAUUUGAUUUAUGUGUGCGAUUGAUUGAAAGUGAAAGAUGUUUCGAGAGGAUGGUAAAAUGCAUUAAAAUGAAAUUGUAAUUUAGUAGUUUUUUCAUUUGAUAAAAGAUAUAUUUUAUGUUGAGAUAUGUUUACUUAUAAAUUUUAUAACUUCAGUGUCAAACAACUUGAUCACA